ACAAGGGGAGCAAGUGUAACUUCUCCAUCUCUUUCUUCCCCAAAAACAACACACACAGUCUCUCUCUCUAUAGUCUCUCUCUCUCACACACACACUACAGAGAGUAACGAUUCCCCCACCCCUUUCUGCACGUUUAUCUCUCUCUACACCUAUAAACCGACGAUACACCACCUGCUGUCAAAGAUUCCUUCAAUCUCUCUCCUCAAAUCCCCAAAUUCAUUCCACCUUCUUCAUCAUUCCAAUCCUUAACCCCCUCAUAUUCAUCCACCAAGACCCAUAUUUUUUAAUUCAAUUUCGUCAAGAAUCCAUUUUUAAUUUUUAUAAAUCAAUGGGCUGUGUGGGUUCCAAACCGGAAGAUACACCGGCGGUUGCUUUAUGCAGACAAAGAUGUCACUUUCUCGAUGAAGCAAUUCACCAACGUUACGUUCUUUCAGAAGCUCAUUUAGCCUACUUUCACUCCUUAAAAUCCGUCGGUGAUUCCCUCCACCGCUUCUUCGAUCUCCACUCCUCUGCCGCCGGCGACGCCGGUGACUCCUCGCCGGUGCUUAAUCUUCCGUCGCAGCGGAAGGGAGACACUUCUAAACCUCCACCUCCGGCCGUUGGUGCCGGAGCCGGAGCUCCGGCGGUUACGCACCGGCGUUCGAAUUCCGGCUCCUCUCAUCUUCACUUUAACUCCGAUUCGGAUUCCGAUGAUGAUGAAUCGCUUCAUUUGCACUCCGAAAAAGGUGGCUCGUCGCCGGCGAAUCAUCUCCGGUACGGUAAUUUUAGUUACUCCGAUCAACAGGAUUCGUAUAUUCCGGCAGUUUAUCCUUAUCCGACGGCUGGUUAUUCUCCGGUUGAAUAUCCUUACUCUCCGGCUGGUUUUCCACCGGCCGGUUAUUCGUCCGGUGGUUACACGGUGAAUUAUAUGCGAAAACAACCGACGCCGUCGGUGUUGUACCAGCAAAAACCGAUGAGUUCGGAGCCUAUACAUUACGGUGAAGCUUCGUCUUCAUCAUAUUAUAGCAGCAGUAGUUAUAAUAAUAGUUAUGAUAAUCAAAACCCUAAUUUAAACUCUUACGGUGAGUUUUUUGGUUCUACGUCGCAACAACCUCCGUACGGUGGUGUUUCAUCACAGGUGGUACAGCCCGAGGGGCCGGGUUCGGGUGCGAAUACAAAGGCUCCACCUCCUCCACCGCCUCCGGCAACCUCGGGUUGGGAUUUUUUGAACCCGUUUGAGAGUUACGAGAGUUAUUAUCCGCCGUAUACGCCGAGUUUGGAUUCGAGGGAAGUGAGGGAGGAAGAGGGGAUACCUGAUUUGGAAGAUGAGGAUAUGUUGUACCAGCAGGAGGUUGUUAAGGAAGUACAUGGGAAUCAGAAGUUUGUUGAUUCGGGUGGUGGUUCGGGCGGUGGAGGGGGUGAGGAUGGUGGUGGUGGUGAGAAGAAGGGUGGGGUGGGCGAUGAGGGGAACGGGGAAAGAGCGGCUGCUGCGGGUGCGGCUGAUGUACAUUAUAGGAGUGUGCCGAAUGUGGUGGCGAAAGAAGAGGAUCCGGUGGAGUAUGAGGUUCAUGUGGUGGAUAAAGAAGUGGUUGAAGAUCAGAAGAAGCCUUUGGUGUAUAACAGUGAUUCUGAAGUUGUGAAGGAAAUUCAAACGCAGUUUUAUCGCGCUUCGGAGUCGGGUGGUGAUCUGGCGAAGAUUCUUGAGGUUGGGAAAGUUCCGCAUAAUCGUAAGCACAAUGCGUAUCAAGUUCCAUCCAAGAUGUUGAACGGGUUUACGCCUCUGUUAGCACUAGCUCCAGCUGAUCCUGCUAAUUUAGAUGUGGACGUAGAUUUGUUAACUAAAUCGAAGAAUCUUUCAUCCACUCUGCAUAAACUGUAUCUCUGGGAGAAGAAAUUGUUUGAUGAAGUUAAGAUUGAAGAGAAAAUGAGAGUACUCCACGAAGAGAAGAAACAAAGACUUGUACGUUUGGAUGAAAAAGGGGCCGAGCAUCACAAAGUUGAUGCAACGAGAACUUUAAUUAGAAGUCUUUCAACCAAAAUUCGAAUUGCAAUUCAAGUUGUCGAUAAGAUCGCUCAGAAAAUAAACACUUUGCGGGAUGAAGAAUUGUGGCCACAGCUAAAUGACUUCAUUGAAGGAUUAACAAAAAUGUGGAGAUCAAUGCUAGAAUGCCACCAUAUUCAGUGUGAGGCAAUCGGUGCAGCUAAGCGUAUCGACUCAAUUGCAUCUCACAAACACUCGAGUGACGCGAGUCUUGACGCUACACUGCAACUCGAACACGAACUGCUCAACUGGGCUAUACGGUUCUCAUGCUGGUUCGGUGCUCAAAAGGGGUUUGUGAGAGCAUUAAACGAAUGGCUUCUCAAAAGUCUUAUGUAUGAGCCUGAAGAAACCGUGGAUGGGCCAGUUCCCUACUCACCCGGUCGAAUCGGUGCACCAGCUAUAUUCAUAAUAUGUAACCAAUGGGCUCAAGCCAUGCAAACAAUCUCCGACAAAGAAGUGGUUGACUCGAUGCGGAAUUUCGCAACGACUGUUCUUCAGUUAUGGGAACGCGAUAAGGGAGAAAUGAGACAGCGGACGGUGGUUGAUAAAAACCACGACAGAAAUUUAGAUAAAGAGGAUCAAAAGAUUCUUAAAGAGUUGCAAAUGUUGGAUAAGAUGAUUGUUGUUUCAUCGGGAAACGAUAUGUCGUUAGGACAUCAUGUCUAUCAGAGUGAAACUAGUACAAACGUUAGUCUGCAAACGAGUCUACAACGCGUAUUUGAGUCCAUGGAACGGUUUACUUCCGCUUCAUUGAAAGCUUAUGAGGAAUUAUUGAGACGGAUACAAGAAGAUAAUCUGGCUCGGUAGCGAGAACAACAUGCUUUAAUAGACCGAAAAUGAAACCGCAACAGCCUCCAGGUAUUGAAACACAAUCGUCGGGAUUUUGGGGAUGGUCGGGCCCUACUGUGGGGACACAAGGCGAGAGCUGAUUGAUUGACCGGAAGCAGAAUUAAGCAUGUAGACGUCGCGGACUUGUGGGAUUGAAAGUGCGGGUGGUUAGUAUAGAGAAAUGUUGCUACAGUAAUUAUUAUGAAUGAUUGAUGUGUGUUGGUAGGUAAUAUGUUGGAUCCUAGAGCAUUUAUGUUAGAUAUGUUAGAAGAAGAAAAAUGAAUUGAUUUUUUUAUUGCUGAUC